AAGACACUACUGACAAUGUUACCACUCCAGUUAGCUCCCGCCUGCACCCCUUGCCCCGAACUCAUUGCUUCAGGUCAGCUAUUGGUUCAACAGCGUCCCAACGUCAUGCUGCUUGCUAGACAUGCUCUUUGCGAAGUCGUACAAGCAUUCAUUCGCCUUGGGCUUCACAACUCUUCAAGGCAAUCCCGGCAUGAUCCUUCUAGACAGGAACUCUAAACCUGGAAAUGGCUGACCUCGACAUUCAGGCCCAGAGGUGCAGUAUCAUGGAAGCUACAAAAACCCCAGCCUUCCCGAUUCCCAGCUCUUUGCUCACAUUCUUCUCUCGUUGUCGCACAGGCUCUCGCUUGCCAGUAUGGUGGUCUUCACUGUUGCCGUCGUCUUCCUGACUCUACUUGUUGCUUGGAUUGCGCCCGUAAAGGGUGGGAGUAGUUGUGGAACCGACCAGAAUCCCUCCUGCAAGGGCAACAGUGCACUCGAGUCGCUCUGUUGUCCUUAUCCAAAUGUUUGUUACUGGCAGAACAACGGAUCACCUGGUUGCUGUCCAUAUGGAGAAUCGUGUAAUGGGAACUCUCCUUAUACCACUACCACAACGUGUACGACCACGCCUACAACGACUUGGUCAACAACAACCUGUACGACUACACCCACCACUACUUGGAAUAAUUGCAACGAAUGCACUACCACGAUCACCUCUCAAGUGGUCCCGGUCACCACCACCGUGACCGAGAAUGCUGCUCAGGCUUAUACCACCGUGAACGGAGUUGUUUAUGUGAACGCCGCUCCCAGAUCAGACUUCUCUAGGAUUUUGACAGCGACGAUGGCCGCCUUGUCUGCCCUGGUAUGCAACAUAUUUGGUAUAUAGGGACAUACGGUACCGGCUUUACAGGCCAGCAAUUCCAAAUGGGGGCAAUCCUCCUUGAGAUAUGGGGGCACAGUCUUGAUGAGACCA